AAAGCAGAGAAAGGAGAAGCCGAAGCAGUGCUAUUAUUGAUGAUAAUCACUCGUCUAUUCUAAUGAUACAGCAGCUGAAACGGCAAGAGGGAUUCAGAGCGACCUCUUUGGUUUGUCCUGUUCAUCUGAGUUAAAAGAUACCUGUGUUCUGAGUUCUCUGCGUGAGGGAGGUGGUAUGGUGGGUGGGGAAAGCGAGAGCCUGACAAGAAUGCAGAGGGUGUGGGCAUGGAAGGGAGCAUGGUGGGCCUCCAGAUGCUGAGGGAGAGCCAGCCACCCUUUGAGUUUGAAGCCAAAUUUCAUUUCGCAAGGUGCUUUGAGGAAUUUGUUGUCGAUCGCCAGAUCUCAAUGACCUUGUGAAUAAAGUCUAGAGCAGAUUUGUGCUUGAUGUCUCCCCUCUCCGUUACUAUAAGCCAGCUUAGAGAGUAAGUUUCUGUCUCUGCUCGACCAAGUUGCUCCAGGUUGUGGGAACGCUGUCUUUGAGGAGCUGGGACGCUAAAUUGACGAAAAAGCUCACACCUUCAUUGUGGAACCAAGAAUAGAAGGUGCAAUCCUUGUAGCUCAACAAUGAAGUUUAUGAAGCUUGGAUCCAAGCCUGAUUUUUUCCAGAGUGAAGGAAAGGAUGUCAGGUCUGUGGCAACUGACUUACCAGCUGACAUUAUUAUUCAUGUUGGAAAUAUCAAGUUUCAUUUACACAAGUUUCCACUGCUGUCCAAGAGCCAACUCAUGCAGAGACUGAUCACUACGGCAAAUGAUGAAAAAAGUGAUGAGGUUUCCAUUUCUGAUAUCCCCGGAGGUGCUGCAGCUUUUGAAAUUUGUGCAAAGUUUUGCUAUGGUAUCACAGUGACACUCAAUGCUCACAAUGUGGCUGUCGCGCUAUGUGCUGCUGAGUACCUAGAAAUGCAUGAAACAGCCGAAAAAGGGAACCUUAUUUACAAGAUUAGUGUGUUCCUAAGAACAAGUAUCUUACGAAGCUGGAAAGACUCCAUCAUGGUUCUUCAGACUACAAGGUUUCUUCUUCCAUGGUCAGAGGACUUGAAAUUGAUUAGCAAUUGCAUAGAAUCUAUAGCAUCCAAGGCCUCGAUUGAUCCUUCCGAAGUAGAAUGGUCAUAUACAUACAAUAGGGGAAAGCUUCCAUUCGAAAACGGCCUCGACCCACAUUUGAAUGGAGUUAAAAAAGAACAUUCAGUGCCCAAGGACUGGUGGGUUGAGGACUUGUGCGAGCUUAAGAUUGACUUCUUUAAAAAGGUUAUAGUGGCCAUUAAAACUAAGGCGAAAGCUAGUCCUGAAGUGAUUGGGCAAGCAUUGAAAUCAUAUACAUACAAAAAGCUCUCGAGUUUGGGAAAAGGAUCUGCAAAAAAUGGUAAUGGAGGUGAUGCCGCAAAGAAUAAAUCACUUCUGGAGACUAUCAUUUCAUUGUUGCCCCCAGAUAAGGGCUGUGUCUCCUGCAGUUUCCUACUGAAGUUACUGAGAGCUUGUAGAUUACUAAAUUGCAGUGAGACUGGCAUGAAGGAACUUGUGAAGCGAAUUGGCAGACAGUUAGAAGAUGCUACAGUGUCGGAUUUACUGAUUCCUACUUCCUCGGAAGAGGAUACCGUAUAUGACAUCGAUGUGGUUCUCAAUAUAGUGAAAGAAUUCACAAUGCAGGACAAUGAUGCUGCUCAGUCGAAUCUAGCCGGCGCAAAGAUCACGGUAGCCAAGCUAGUUGAUGGAUAUCUUGCUGAGGUUGCCAAAGAUCACAACCUACCACUUUCCAAGUUUAUUGAUCUGGUUGAAAUAGUACCGACUGAUUCAAGACCUUCACACGAUGAGCUUUAUUUUGCAAUUGACACUUACCUCAAGGGAUAUCCAGACCUUAGCAAGAAUGAGAAGAAAAGGCUAUGUGCACUGAUAGACUGCAGGAAGCUUUCAGCGAAUUCCUCUUCACAUGCUGUGCAGAAUGAGCGACUGCCAUUGCGAUUGGUUGUGCAGGUCUUGUACUUUGAGCAGAUGAGGGCAUUGGCUGCUACCACCAGCCAAGCCGAAAGUGGUGCAUCAUAUGGAAGCUCAAGGUCAGCCAUCACAACCAACACAGAGGAUGAAUGCGUUGGCGGUUUAGUCGUUGAUAACCUGAAAGCAAUGAAGCUCGAUGUCGGAGGGAAGGUCAAUGGACAUGAAUGGGGCAGCAGUAACAACAGAAUCGGAGACAUUUGUGCCAAGAACACCAAUGGUAAGGUGAAAGACGUAGUGAUGCCAAAGAAGAUGCUCGGGAACCUAUUGUCAGGCAAAGGACAGAGUAGUGAGAAUAGUAGCCUGUCCGAUACAUCUGGAAGUCCAAACUCCAAUCGGGAGGAGCCUAAGUUGACCCCUUCAAGGACUAUAAGAUACGUAGCUUAGUAGCUUGCAACAAGUAAUCAUGAUAUUGUCUUGGUCUAGCGAAGACCCAGUUUUGCAUGCAGCUAAAAUCGUGUGCCAGUAGCUAAAUUGAAAUAGUUAGUUAAUGCACUAAACAUGUAUGGGGAAUUCACUAAUGAAAGAAGUUAUGAGCUCUAUUUGGUUCCCUUUUCAGUGACAGGAUUUCUUUGCCUGGAUCAAGAGAUGGAUAGGAAACAAAAUUUGCAAUGGCAAUUAAAAGCUGGUAGAAAUCUUUGACCACCAAUAUCAAGCUCAAAAUUUAAACAUAGAAUACAAAAAAUGGAGUUAUCAACGCUGAACUACGACACAUACAUCCGAUUGCACCACGUAGCUGGAAUCCCAAUCACGGAUAACUCUUCUCAAGUGCCUACUUGCUCAAGAGAAUAAUAAAUCGUUGUUCGAGUGCAGCUAAAACAAUAAUUGAUGCCACGCCUCUUGCAGAGAUCCAAAAGUAACUCUUUCUUACAAGAACUAA